AUGGCAUCCGCAACGGCUACAGGUAUGGCACCCAUUUCAGGUGCCUGCACGGGACCAGAACAAUAUGAGCUCCCCGUCAACGACGCUGCUUGUGGUGUUCCGAAUACCGACAGUUACAGGUCUGUUUUCGACAGGUGCGCAGAACCUGCUGGAGUUCGCCCGUACUACAACGACUGCGCCCUGUACGCCCUCGCAGUUGACCAAUCAGUUCAAGACCUUAUCAAUUGCCUCUACAAUGCCGGUAUAGAGUGGGAGGAUGUCUGGUGCUAUGGUGAAACGAACGCUACAGCUACGGCGAUAUCUUAUCCUAAGCCCACGGGUCACUCCGCUACAUCAAACUCAACCUCAACCACAAGGAAGAGUUCUGUAUCUUCCACCUCACCACCACGAGCGACGGCCGCAGAUGAGAACAGUGCUAUGCGCUUCACUAAGAGCACAUUCGGAGUCAAAUCUUCCCUUGCCUUGUUGUGUCUUGUUGUCUCCGCGUUCGUUGUCUGA